GCGGACACACCUAAGCUCCGAAACACCACAGACUUGCUACGCAGUAUUACAUGAACCAAGGAAAAUUGAAUCAUUAUUUUGUCGCUAGAUACCUCUAUGACUUGCCGCAAUACGUGUGUAUUCAGACUCGAUCGUCUCUAUCCAAGGCAGUCACGAUGACGGGGUUCACCACUGUAUCACCUGCCAUACCCCACUGCAGCUACCCGCCAACACAACUCACCGUCAUCUGAACUUCAACGUCACCUCAACCAUCCGCCUCACUUCACGAAACAAAGACGAGGAAGAAGCAAAGAAACAGGAAUACCAUCACUACAGCCAUCGAUAACCAACUUGCUUCUGACCGGCUACAUUUUACUGCAUGAAACAGUAACAGCCCCCGCCAAUCUCGUUGAUCAGCAAACCCCCUCCCUGCAGAAGCAAGGCCCCAAAUAUCGCGACCCUCGCCGCCACCGCAGCCAAGACAAGAGGACAUCGCACAUCCCACUCCGUGCCACCCACCUGUCCACCGGCCCGGCAACUUUCAACCGGCCAGUUCAGGUUAGCCUCAGCCCAGCAGUAGACUCGGCCGGUCCCUGAGGUAGCUAGCCUGUACGGUGGCCAUGGCAUCCCCAAACCCCUACUCCUAUUCCCCACAGCUUCCGCAACGGGAAGAGUCCCCCUACCAAGAAGACCAGUACCAAUCAUCUCCUUCGUUCCGCUCUACUCCGUUCCGAUCCUCACGAGGGACCGGAGCCGGAACCGGAAUCGGUCUCGGCUUGAGUUCGGGCUUCACUUCGAGUCUCCGGGGUGGAGCCGGAGGGCCAUCCGAACCAAGAUCCGGAGACGGCAGCCACGAUGACCUUCCCCAAAGAUCAUCAUCAUCAUCCACCGUAAUCCCUUCCCUACCCCCCAAACCAAAACCAAGCUCCAUCCCCGAAACCCUCUGGUCCUUACAAAUCCCUCUCCACAUCACACACCAGUCACAUCCCAAGACGCCCUACAUCUGCUCGGUGCCGCGCUUCAGCUACCUCGCUCUGCUGCUGCCACGGUUGACCGCCUACUACGGUACUCCGUGCUCGAGCUUCCACCAUGAGGAAGUCCAUCUCCGUAACUUUGCGGUCGGGUUACUGGUGGAUCUAUACCAGCCAAGUGAGCUGCCAUGGAGGUUGACGGUUGCUGAUGGGAUGGAGUGGGAUAUUUGUGACACCUUUAUGAAUAGUGCCAAGGAGGCGGAUUUUAUCCGAAAUGGAAAUGCAAAACGGAUCAUGGGUCUGAGUAAAGAGCAUACCACAGCGUUAUGGAAUGCUGUGCAGGAUAAUGACUACCAAGCCUUUACAAAAAUAAACACCCACCUGCUCAACGCUCCCACAGCCCUCAAAAACGUUCCCAUACGGAUCUACAUCCCUUCCUCACCAUCACCACCUUCAUCAGACCAGCAACAACCCCAAAGACCCGGCGGCUCCAGCUCCUCCGGCUCUUACCGCGUCAUGCAAACCCUUGUUCCUCCACGGGGUCCAAACAACCGAACACCCCAAACCCUAGGACAAGCCCUCAAGUCCCUCCUCCCUGCCCUCUUCCCUAGCAGCCGGGACCCCGUCUUAGCCAGCGUCAUUUUGCACGGAGCUCCCGUGCCUUUUAGCGCGCCGCUCGAGGAGUUGAUGAGGGACGCGUCGUAUCCGGAUGGGUGGCUUUGUUUGAUUGUUGUUUUGUUGUGAGUCUGUGAGCAGAGGUUACUGUGAGAGAGAUGUUGAUGGGUUAUGAAGCUUGAGAAAAAAAAAAGAGGAAUGAAUAGAUGGGGCUGAGAGAUUAUGGGUAAAAAGGAUGAAUGGAUGAGGUUACAAGUUGACUUGGUCAUUGGCGUUUAGAAGUAUCAUCACGCAAGGUAUUAUAUCAAUAGGUGAUGAAAAAAAAAACCAAAAAAAAAAAAAAAAAAAAAAAAAAAAAAAAAAAAAAACCGUGAUGGUAUUUGAUGAAGGCUAGCAAUCCUAAUAGCAUAGCAUGGCACGCUUGAUACUUGCUUGCUUGGUUAGGCCAUUAAUGCAAAUAGAAUCUUAGGGUUGAGUUGAGCAGAGAUGGGGGGGGAUGUCAUCAACUACAUGUACACAAUAAGUCGGCCAUCAACAACAGUUGUACACCCAGAUUAUGCAGUGG